UUACCUACGGAUGGAGUUUAAUUACAUGCUACAUAAUUCAGUUUCCCUUGCUGCACAUUUUUGUUCUCCCUCUACUUUAUGUCCCGCUGCAUUGAUCCAUAGACAUCUUUCCCUCCUGUGCAUCCUCACUUUCUGCCUCUGAGGGGACUGACAGUGGAGCAGGGAGAGAGAGCAGGAGCUGCUCAUAAAUCGCUCUGAGGAGGAGAGAAAGAGCUGGAGACCGAAGCAGAUGCACUGGCAGGAGCGGCGCUGAGGCUUUUUUUUUUCUUUCUCCCUCCUGCCUCUUUUGUUGUGUCGGCACAGAUAGAAACCCGAUGAACACGGGCAAGGACCACCUCGUCCUCCACCAUCACCUCACUGCAAGCCACUCAUCCCCAUCCUGUUUGCCAGGGCUGGAUCCAGUGUGGAGCAGGGUGUGCGGCAGGCUAACGGCGGGCUAGCAGGGGGGCUGCAAGGCUCUGUGGCAGCGAGAAGAGGAGGGGAAAAAAAGGAGGAGGGGCUGUGGUGAGCUGGUGGGCUUCCUCUGCCUCACAGACACAUUUUAUUGACUUGCUAAUUGGAUGAGGCACUCGGAGGAGAGGAUGCGGUGAACGAGAGGAGCUGCUCUCCAGAGGGAUACAGGCACAAGGAAGCAUUGCUCGGGCUGCAAAAAUCCGGCGACUUGUCUCUCUUUUUUAAAAGAAAAAAAUCUGGGGACAUAACAACAGAUGUUUUUCAGCAUCUCCCAGUGACCCUCACACCGUGCAUACAUAAUUUUAUGCAUGACAUUGUCGAACGGAGGCUCCAGCUGCCAGACGCUUCGUGACAAGUGAAUGAUUUCCAUUUUGAUGUUUUUACAGCCUGUUCCCUUUCCACCUGUUUUUUUUUUCUCUUGGACUCAUGAGCCGGAGCUCCUUUUUUUCCUUCUCAGCCUUGUUUGAUGUGUCGUUUGAUAGGAAUGGUAAUCUGAUGGCGAGGUAAAUCCUUCAUCAAAUCAGAUGUACAAGGGUGUGCAAUGGAUAUUCUUCAGGGGAAAAUGAAGUCUCGUCCCAGUUGCCAUGACUGAGGUGGGCAGGUCUGGGUAGGUCAGAGAGCAGGUGCCACUGUGCUGAAGUCUGCUGUCCCGAUGAGCAAGGCAGCCAACCCACAGAGACGCACCACCUACCUCAUUUCCCUCACUCUGGUGAAGGUUGAGGCUGUGCCAGAGGAGGAUGUAGCAGGGAACCAGAGGGAGGCUCUUCCAGAGGGGGAAGGGAGCCCUAAGAAGGAGGAGGAGGAGGAGGAGGAGGAGGAGAAGGAGCGGAGCUAUGCCCCUGAAAAGGAUGAAGGACCUGUAUGUACUCAAGUGCUGGAGAAAGAAAACACACAGGUGGAAGAGGAGGUGGAACAGGUCAAAUAUGGCAGCCCCAUUGAGAGCUGGGGGAAGCCUGAGAGGAGGGAAGCUCAUGGACACCAAAAAGACAUUGUAUCAGUCGGUAAAAGCAGUAAAGACACUUCUUUUGUACAUGCACCUGUCAGGCAGAUGGUCAAAGUCUAUGGAGGGACUACCUCUGAGGGAACAGUGCGCCGAGAGGGGCCUCGCUCAGAAGCCCUGCGCCCAAAGACGGAGCUCUACAGAGAGCCCCCCAUGCUGUUCCUGAAGGGUGAAAAUGGAGCGGACCUGAGCAGCCGCUCACGUUGCAGCCUCCCCUUUUCCAUCCCGCCACAAGUCAGCCAGCGUCCUGAAGUCAUGAUGAGGUCCCACACAGGAGGCAACUCGGCGUGCUGGAGGGAAGUCAGAGAGACCAACACAAGCCUCUAUCACUCUGCUAAGACUUUGGAUCGGAGGGAUAACCGUAUGGGGGACCAGUCCCCCUUAAUGGCAGCUACAACUCUGGGGCCUUACAGGGCAUCCUGGGCCGACAGCGACGGCAGGGGCACGCUCAUCCGCCCCGGAGCUCCCAUGAGCGGAGGAUUUUCAGGCAUCAUGACCAGGGACAGCCCUCAGGGGGAGAGGUUUAAGACGGUAUCUGUUUCUUUCCCAACACCUCCUGCCACCGAUGUGUCCAGGCCUCAGAGGAAAGGUACAAGUCGUACCUUGGACAACAGUGACCUACAUUCCCCCUCUGAGGACCUGAAGAAGGGGAAGGAGGGCCAGGGAGGAACAAUCCAACGAGCUCCUCCUCGCGACCGAAAGAUGCUGAAGUUCAUCAGUGGCAUUUUCACCAAAAGUGCAGCUGCGGCGCCCAGUGCCAACACUACACCCCCCCUAUAUCCAGCUGUGGAAAGAGGCUCGAGUGAGGAGGAAGCUGUGUGCACCAGCAGUCAGGAGUGGACCAUGAGCCAGCCUAUACAAGAGCUUCACCUGGGUGUUUUGGGAGGUCUGUGCAGCGGGAAGUCAGCUCUGGUCCACAGACACUUGACAGGAAGUUACCUGCAGCUGGAGAAUGCUGAAGGGCGCCAGUACAUUAAGGACGUCCUGGUAGAUGGACAAAGCCACCUGAUGAUAAUCAGAGAGGAGACAGAGCUCCCAGGUGCUCAGUUUGCAAGUUGGGUAGAUGCAGUUAUCCUGGUCUUCAGUUUGGAAAAUGAGUCCAGCUUCCAGGAAGUUUACAAAAUCUACCACCAGCUCGCUGUCCACCGGCCUGUUUCUGAGAUUCCUUUCGUAGUAGUCGGCACUCAGGAUAAGAUCAGCAGCACCAACCCCAGAGUAAUCGAUGAUGCCAGGGCCAGACAGCUCUGCUCAGAUGUGCGGCGCUGCACCUACUAUGAAACCUGCGCAACGUACGGCCUCAACGUGAACCGGGUCUUCACUGAUGCUGCUCAGAAGAUCAUGGCAGCCAAGAAGCAAGCUGCUCUGCUGGCUUCCUGUAAGUCUCUCCCCAACUCUCCAAGUCACUCUGGAGGUUCCACCCCAGUGUCAGGUGUCUUCCCAGGACAGGCCAGUAAUGGUGGCCAGAGCAGUGAUUACUCCUCAUCGCUUCCCUCCACUCCUGUGAUCAGCCAUAAAGAGAUCGGCAGGGCGGCGAGAGGAGAAAAACAGGAAAGUGCCACGCCCGGGUCAGUCCGGAGCGCCACCCGGAGACGCACCUCACGAUUUGCGGGCCGGAGAGGCAGUGACUCAAACAGAAGGAGUGCAGAGUGUAAGGGCGAUAUGGGGAGUGGACGCUUUAUUCCCAUCAAACAGGGCAUCUUGCUGAAACGCAGUGGGAACUCGCUCAACAAAGAGUGGAAGAAGAAGUAUGUCACGCUGUCCAACGACGGCAUACUGUCCUAUCACUCCAGUGUCAAUGACUACAUGCUGAAUGCCCCGGGGAAAGAGAUGGACCUGCUGCGAGUGACAGUGAAGGUGCCUGGAAAGAGACCGCCUCGUGCUGUACCCACCUGCGGCCUUCCAGUCGGCCUCAAUGGACGGGUUAAAGAUGUACCAGGACCUGAAGUUAUCAGCCCAGUCCCUGUAAGUGCCAGCAGCCUCCUGCAAGUGGAGGAGAUGGAAGGGCUGGGUGGCGCUCUGUUCCUGAGGGGUAACAGAGGGGUGCAGCGGUGUCCCUCUACACUGUCCAACCACGCUCAAAGUGUUGACUCUGCAGUUGAAGGCGUGUCUAGCUCCUCCUCCACCAAAGAUGUAGGCUCCUCAUCCCCGCUGACAGACAGGAAGAAGCAUCGCAGGAAGAAGAGCAUGAACCAGAAAGGAGACGCUACCCUUGGCCAAGCAGACGCCAAGCGCAAAAUGUGGAAACUUAAAAGCUUUGGUAGCUUAAGAAACGUAAGCAAGACAGACGAGGAUAACUUUGACUUCCUCGUCGUGUCGAGCACUGGCCAGACUUGGCACUUUGAAGCCCAGAGUGUGGAGGAGAGAGACUCGUGGGUCCAAGCCAUUGAGAGCCAGAUCCUGGCCAGCCUGCAGCUGUGUGAGAGCAGCAAAAACAAGGCUCGCAAGAACAGCCAGAGCGAGGCGGUCGCUCUGCAGGCAAUCCGCAACGCAAAGGGCAACAACUUCUGUGUUGACUGCGAUGCUCCAAAUCCAACCUGGGCCAGUCUGAACCUGGGAGCUCUCAUAUGCAUAGAGUGUUCAGGGAUCCACAGAAACUUGGGGACCCACCUGUCGCGCGUGCGCUCACUGGACCUUGAUGAUCUGCCACGGGAGCUCACGCUGGUUCUCAGUGCCAUCGGCAACCACAUGGUGAACAGCAUAUGGGAGGCGCGCACACUGGGCCGCCGUAAACCGGCACCUGAUGCUUCACGUGAGGAACGGGAGUCGUGGAUCAGGGCCAAAUAUGAGCAAAAACUGUUUGUGGCACCGUUGCCUCCUCCAACUCCUGGCGAGGGCCCAGACAUCACGCUAUCCGGCCGUCUUCUCUUGGCAGUGAUGGAACACAACCUCCCCAAGCUGCUGCUCCUUUUGGCCCACUGCACUAAGGAGGACAUUAACGCCCCCCUCAGCCUGGCGCUCUCCUCCAGGUCGAUCUUAGCGCUGCGACUGCCCGGCUCUGCCCUGCACGCUGCCUGUCAGCAGGCUGAUGUGGUGAUGACGCAGCUUCUUGUUUGGUAUGGCUGUGACGUUCGAUACCGGGACGCUCAGGGGCAGACGGCGCUGGUUCUGGCUCGCAGUGCUGGCAGCCAGGAGUGCGUCGACAUCUUGCUCCAGCACGGAUGCCCGAACGAGCCGGCUACCACGGUCGGCUUCGCGGCAGCCAUGACGCCGAGCCUGACAGUUGCCACGACACUGAAGAUCUCGCACAAGAGCGGCACCACCAGCUUGAGUUACAGCACGUCGAGAAGAGCCAUUUCGUAAUCGAAAUGUGGCUUGGUAGAGUGUGAGUGUGUGUGUCUUAGAGAGAGCUUGUCGCUUUGCCGUCCCAGUCACACAUGAACAGCAGGACUGAUGAACAUGUUGCCAGAUGUUGCACUCCCCGAGCUCUGAAAGGGCGUGCCUGCUCGAAAAGAUUUAAUUAAAACAAAAAGAGAAAUUUUCUGACAACACUUUCUACGGUAAGAUGAAGGAAGAUGAUUCAGUAGGAAUGUAUUGCACUGUGUACCAGCUGGUAUGAGUCAUAUUUCAUCAUGCAGUCAGUAUUCAAACUUUACUCUCCUCUCAGUUAAGAAUCAAAAUUUGCCUUCGGCCUCGAACAAGCUUAUCUGAGCAUUUAGAGCCCAGAAGUAAAGUACUGCAAUAAGUUUACGAUAUCAAAGAUGGACGUCUCUAUUUUUAAGUCCGUCUCUGCUUGAAAAUUCCAACAUUAAACACACAUCCACACUUCGUAUCUUCAUUGACAGUGAAUGUCAGUUUUAAAUUUAGAGUGCUGUGUGACUGUCAACACAGCCAGACAAGUCUUUCAGUGCAUAAAAGUUAAAAGUUGUGUGAGUUGAAAAAAAAAAAAAAAAAAGAAAAAAAAAGAAAAACCUUUACAGUGGCUGAAAAAGACAUGCUGUUUUAAAGAUAAUCAAAAUAACUGUAUAGAAAUGCAUUGAUAAAAGUAUUAUAAUUCUAAAAGUUUAAGAAGUGCUUCAUUUCUGAGAUUGUUAUUGUAUGAUUUGUACAGUCGGUUCUGUGUAUAAAACUCAAAGGGUUACGCGUAGCUGUUCAGAGAUUUGCUGUGCAGCGUCUUGGUUUCGGUUUUUCCUUUAAUAACCACCCAGAUUAACUCUUUGACAUCCAAGACUGAGAUUUCUAUGUUAUGUUUGUACCACUGUGCGUGACAUAAACACUGUACAUGAUGUGUGCAUUAUGACUCCAGCAGCAGCUCAUCAUCAAGGCCAGUGUAAUACUAGAUGUGUAAACGCCUUGAUUUUGAUUGAAUGUAUACAAAAACUGAUGGUUUAGUUCAUUAUGUUCCGGCACUAACGUGUGUUCUUUUUAGAUGAUGCAGUUUUUGGUGGACCGUUGAGGCGUUUUUCAUUUUUUACUUAACUAAUGUUAUUCCUGCUGUGACUAAUUAAUAGUUUAAUAGAUUAAAACUGGGAAGAGGUUCUGAUCUAUAAAACUGGGCCUUUUGAAUGACUAUGAUUAUAUUUGUAAGUGGCUGAAAAAUCAACAUGAAAUAGAAGAAUGUUGCCCAAUUUAAUAUUUUAAAAAAGGCAUAAGAGCGACCCUCCUGCAGUACUGUAUGUAUUUUUAUGUUAAUCUGAAGACGCCGCUGAGUGUACAUGUCUGUGAUGUAAGCAUCUCUCUCCAUUUGUAUUUUUUUACUCAUGCAAUGACUCAUAGAGCAUUCAUUAUCAAUACACUAAGGCUACUGCCCAAACUGUG